AUGAAUGAAUUUAUGAAAAUCAUCGUUAUUACAAAUCCUAGACCGGGCACAUAUAGACUAUACUACAACCAAGCUUUGUCAUACAAGAGACACCAUCUUGAGAUGGUAAACUGGUGGAAUUCAGUUGAUGGACUGUUUAGACGACCAACUUUACCUUCACCUGGAAGCAUUUUCAACAAUUUUAAUGGCAAAGUUUUUAAAAUUCCCGUCAUUCACAAACCACCAUGGCACUUUGUGCGGUACGUUAACGAUUGCAUCGAAGUCCUAGGUGGUCGAGAUGAUAAGCUAUUGACGCUUUUAUCUCAGUCUCUCAAUUUUAGGUUUGAAUACUUUGAUCCCCCCGAUCGCAAUCAGGGGUCCUCUGUUUUGGAAAACGGUUCCUUUGAAGGGGUGUUGGGUUUGAUCGGGAAAAGGAAAGCCGAUUUCUUUAUCGGGGACGUUACACUUACGCUGGAACGAUUAAGCGUGGUCGAAUUUUCCUUUCUCACACUAGCAGAUAGUGUAGCAUUCGUAACUCAUGCGCCGAGUCGCUUAAAUGAGGCUCUGGCUUUAGUAAGACCGUUUCACUGGCAGGUAUGGCCUGCUGUUGUGGCAACUUUAAUAAUAUCUGGUCCAAUUUUAUACGUCUUGAUUGCAUUGCCAAACAGAUGGCAGCCACGUCGUCAGAUACCUUCGCGCUGCAAACUCUUUUUUGAAUGUUGUUGGUUUACAACCACACUGUUUUUUAAGCAAACCGGACGGGAGCCAUCCUCGAGUAACAAAUGCAGAUUUUUUAUCAUCAUCCUAUCACUGUCAGCCACGUACAUCAUAUCAGAUAUGUAUUCAGCUAACCUAACCUCCUUGUUGGCAAAGCCCGGUCGUGAGAAAUCGAUCAAUAACUUAAUCGAACUCGAAGAGGCUAUGAUAAAUCGCAAAUUUAAGUUAUACGUCGAAAGACUUAGCUCCAGUUACAGUCUUUUGGAGAACGGAACUGGCAUAUAUGGAAGACUAUGGAAUAUGAUGACACAUAAUCAGCAUUUGCACGUAAUAGAUUCUGUAGAAGAGGGUGUUAAAUUAGUCCGUCGCUCAAUUGACAUUGCAAUUAUUGCGGGUCGAGAAACACUAUACUUUGACAUACAAAGAUUUGGUGCGAAGAAUUUUCACUUAAGCGAGAAACUGAAUACCGCCUACUCGGCCAUUGCAUUCCAAAUUGGUUGCCCUUACAUUGAAAAUUUUAACAAAAUAUUGAUGGCGAUUUUCGAAGCCGGGAUUUUAACAAAGAUGACUGAUAGCGAAUACGAAAAUUUGGGCAAACGCCAGAAAACCGAGAUAAAAAUUUCAGGUGUAGAGUCAGAAGCUCAAAAGCAACAAGAGAACGAAAACGAUCUGCUUGACGAAAAAGACGAAGAGUUACAACCAAUUAACAUUAAAAUGUUACAGGGUGCUUUUUAUCUACUUUUUUUAGGUUGUGGUUUUUCAGCGUGUGUAUUAGGUUUGGAAAUUUUGUUUGAAAGACAACAGUACAAAGUUCGGAGAGCGUUACGUGUAGGCCGAAAGAAGCACAUCAGGUUUAAAAGGAGAUGCCGGUAUUAUUGUCGAAAAUUACGGAAAUUGAUCCGAGCAUGGUUUCGUCAAAUGCUUCACGAUGCCUUUGUGGAUACUUUAGAGUAUACUGAGUAAUUGUACACAAGAUAUCCAGACUUGAGUAUGCUUGCAAAUGUUAUUUUCAAAUUUAUUUUUAAUUGCUA